AUGUCAUCUUUUUUGACAGGUUUAGCCAAGCCCAUGGGGCUUGUAGAAGGACCUGGGGGGCUUGGCCAGGGGGGAGCGCCUGCCACUCUGGGAGAAGACAGUCGUGAUGGAGAGGGAAAAUACGAGGAGUACGGCUACAACGCUCAGCUCAGUGACCGCAUUUCCCUCGACAGGAGCAUCCCUGACUACAGGCCUAAGAAGUGUAAGCAGCUGACUUACCCAGAGGACCUUUCUCAGAUCUCAGUGGUCUUCAUCUUUGUGAACGAGGCGCUGUCGGUGAUCCUGCGCUCGGUCCACAGCGUGGUCAACCACACACCGGCACACCUGCUCAAGGAGAUCAUCCUGGUGGAUGACAACAGUGACAGUGUGGAGCUGAAAUUCAACCUGGACCAGUAUGUGAACAAACGCUACCCGGGGCUGGUGAAGAUUGUGAGGAACAGCAAGCGGGAGGGCUUGAUCCGAGCCAGGAUACACGGCUGGAACGCCGCCACGGCUCCUGUCGUCGGAUUCUUUGAUGCUCACGUCGAGUUCAAUACUGGCUGGGCUGAACCCAUUCUGACCAGGAUGAAGGAGGACCACACCCGUAUUAUCCUGCCUGCCAUCGACAACAUCAAAUACAACAACUUUGAGGUGCAGCAGUAUGCCAACGCCGCCCACGGGUACAACUGGGGUUUGUGGUGUAUGUACAUCAUCCCUCCCCAGGAGUGGCUGGACAAGGGGGAUGAGACAGCCCCUAUCAGAACUCCUGCUAUGAUUGGGUGCUCCUUUGUGGUAGAUCGGGAAUACUUUGGUGAGAUUGGCCUCCUGGAUCCUGGCAUGGAAGUCUAUGGAGGAGAAAACAUCGAGCUGGGCAUGCGGGUAAGGCUGUGCAAUUAG